CGCUGAAAAUUGAUCCACAUGGUGUUCCCCGUCUUCUAUCGUUCACACUCUCGACAUCCCCGGGAAUCAGUACACACGUAUGCUGCAUAUAUCGUAUUGUGUUGAGCGAGGCCCCACAGAGCCGACGACUCUUCGCUGCACACGAUGAGGCUGCUCGCGCUUUGUCUGUCACUGUGCGCCAUCGGCGGAGCAUCAGCACAAUCAUGGUGCGGCAAAAACUACAUGGAGGGCUCCCCGGUCGUACCUCCUGGUGGGCAGUUUCUUAUCCCCGCUAGCUCCUCCUCGCCGCUCCUCGCGUUCCGCUGCGCACCCGCGAUUCGUCCCUACGUAGCCUCGGACGCCGGUUCCCCUGCGGGAAUCCUCAUCGAUGCCGUUCUCACGUACUCCGAGAUCAGCGAUGCAGUGCCAAUCAGCCUCCCGGACUAUGAUGGCCGCGCAGGUGACGUGGUCGUGGUCGUCGAAGUGGACGGGAAAGUCGUCACGGGCGGCGUCGUCGCUCUGAACGCGACCAAAGUCGAGUUGCCGUUCUCGCUGUCCGGACUCGCGGCGCAGAAGGAGCCGUAUGAUGUGUCGUGCACUGCGACGUAUGUGAGCGCUGCAGCGGGCCCGCAGAGGUUCAGCGCGGCUACGACCCUGUCGUACCUUCCGGAACCAACCGAUGGCAGUGCGGUGGUGAAAAUGGACCUGAGGACUGGUGUUUUGUUGGCGAAGCCCGCGACAGGUGAGGGAGGGGACUACGAGACUGUCUUUCCUGUGGGGUUCUACACGGCGUUCGGGGACUAUCUCGCGACCAACUUGUCCAGGAUCGAUGAGGCGAAGGAACAAGGAUUCUCAAUCAUCCACCCGAUCCCAACGUAUGACAACCUAACGCAGCUGCAAGAGGUCAUCACACGCAUGGAGGAGGUCGGCAUUUAUCUGAUGUACGAUAUGCGCUGGACGUAUACGAACCUAACUUCCAUCGCGGAGCAGGUCAACAUGGUGAAGAACAGCCCCUCGCUGCUCCUUUGGUAUACGGGCGACGAGCCUGACGGGAACGAAGACCCGUUGAACGGGACGACGCUCGCAUACGACCUCAUCUACGAGCUUGACGGAUACCACCCCGUCUCGCUGUGCCUGAACUGCUUUGACUACUAUUGGACGGAGUACUCGAACGGUGCGGACAUCGUGCUGCAGGACACAUACAUGAUCGGGAACAAUGUGACAUUCUCUGUCGAGUGGCACACGCCGUGCACCCCGGACUACGGCUGCUGCGGCUGCGACGACUGCAAGGGCGACUUUGAGGACAUCAGCACGCGCAUGGACAUGUUUUCGUACCGGAUGUGGGUGAACGGCUGGGACAGGACGAAGACGCUGUGGACGGUCCCGCAGGGGUUCGGAGCGGCGCAGUACUGGUCGCGAUAUCCCACCGGCCCAGAAUUUAUCGUCCAAAGCGUCCUCGCCAUCAAUCACGGCGGCAUGGGCGUGGUCUCCUGGGAUGCGCCCACGACGGACGACAUCUGGGCGUAUGCGGGUUUGCUCGCGCAGUCUUCUGCAACGCUGAAGGCAUAUAUCGCGAGCGAUGCUGCGUCCUUCCGACACGUCUUCGUAGACCAGAUCGACGUCGGCCUCUGGACCGUCGGCGCGCAGACGCUCGUGCUCGCGACGAACCUGAAUUAUGCAGAAGAGACGUUCGACCUGGCGAGCGUAGAGGGCCUCGUGACGCACCCCGCGGUGCAGGUGCUGGACAGCGGGGCGACGCUGAGUGGGAGCGUGAUUGCGUUCACGUCCGUAGGUACGGGCGGGUUUAUACUAGGCUGAUUGGUGUCUGUGCGGACGUCCAGUUAUUGAUGAGCGGUGAAUAUGUGGUGCAAAAAGGGCUCCGAUGAGACGGAAGGACCGCAUAAUUGCACCGAGACGUCGUAGGAGUGAAGAGGACUUUGAAGCGCAAGUAGCGCCUAGCGCACUCUGAAG